GGAGAGACCACUGCAGAGCGGGGAGGGGGGCGGAGGGUUCCGGUAGCCGGUGUGCGGCCGCAGCUCGCGGCUGUACCGGGAUAGCYGGGAUAAGCGCGAUAACCGGGACACCCUGCGGUCCCCCAGCUGGUGCCGAUGCCGAGGAGCAGCUGACGGCGGCGGGGACGCGGAAAUGGAGCCGCGGCCGGGCCGGGCCGUGCGGGCGCUGUGCGGCCUCUUCCUCCUCYUUCUCCUCCUCCUCCUCCUGCAGCAUCCCGGCCGCGCCGAGCGGGCCCCCGGCUCGUACCUGGACGACUCUGCCAUCGCAGCAGAGUUCUGCCGCAUUGACAAGGCCCUGUGCCACGACGAGGACGAGCAGCUCAGCUUCGAGGCCGUGCGCAACAUCCACAAACARAUGGACGACGACGCCAACGGCAACGUGGACGUGGAGGAGAGCGACGAGUUCUUGAGGGAAGACUUGAAUUACCAUGACCCAGCAGUCAAGCACAGCACCUUCCAUGGAGAAGACAAACUCAUCAGUGUGGAAGAUCUCUGGAAGGCCUGGAAAACAUCUGAAGGUAAAAGAAGGGCAAAAAGCCAAGAAACAYUUUGCCAACUGUGCCAGAGUCUGGAUUUCAGAUGCCCUGGGCAGAGUCUCUCUGUUUCCCCUGUGUUGUGCAGGCUGGCAGUGAACAACGUCACCAUGAUGGGCACCGUGCUCAAAAUGACCGACCGCAGCCACCGGCAGAAGCUGCAGCUCAAGGCUCUGGACACGGUUCUCUUCGGGCCUCCUCUUUUGACUCGGCACAACCACCUCAAGGACUUCAUGCUGGUGGUGUCCAUCGUCAUCGGGGUGGGCGGCUGCUGGUUCGCCUACAUCCAGAACCGCUACUCCAAGGAGCACAUGAAGAAGAUGAUGAAGGACCUGGAGGGUCUCCACAGGGCUGAGCAGUCUCUCCAUGACCUUCAGGAACGGCUGCAGAAGGCGCAGGAGGAGCAUCGCUCCGUGGAGGUGGAGAAGGUGCACCUGGAGAAGAAGCUGCAGGAUGAGAUCAGCAUUGCCAAGCAGGAGGCACACAGGCUGCGGGAGCUGCGCGAGGGCACSGAGAAUGAGCUCAGCCGGCAGAAAUACGCGGAGCAGGAGCUGGAGCAGGUGCGGAUGGCGCUGAARAACGCGGAGAAGGAGCUGGAGUCCCACUGCAGCUGGGCUGCCCCCGAGGCGCUGCAGAAGUGGCUGCAGCUGACCCACGAGGUGGAGGUGCAGUACUACAACAUCAAGAAGCAGAACGCCGAGAAGCAGCUGCUGGUGGCCAAGGAAGGGCUGGUGAUCGUGCCAUCAGGUGUGCUUGGGGACAUCAGAGCCUCAGGAAUGGUGACCUCCUACUCUCUCGACAUUUCUGGGGAGCAUUGCCAGUUCUGUCAUCCCAGAGCUGGGCAGAGCCUGCCCACCUCCCUGCCCACCCCCCUGCCCACCCCCCUGCCCAGCAGCUCCCUGCAGGUGAUACACCCUGUAACAAGCACUGGGCACUCCAAUUCCCAAAGCAAGGGUGCCUUUCCCUGUAGGAUUUCUUUCCUUUGUGCACAGCCCAUGCCUCAGGAGAGUUUCUCCUGCCCAGACAUGUUGCUGAGGACCGUGAUGCUUCUCCCAGUAAAUGCCAUCUCUCUCUCUCCUGUUCCCACCUGGCUGUCCCCCCCAGAUGCAGCCUGGCUUUUCGGGCGCAGGUUCAGCGACCGCUCCUCGCUGUCCUCGGAGGAUCAGUCCCUCUGGAAAUACCCUGCUCCGGCCUUGCCCAGCACAGUCCGGCAGCGCCUGGUGGAGCCGCAGCACGGCCAUGGAUCGCAGAGGUUGGUAGAGAGUCACAUGCCGGGGCAGCCCGAGCCGGGCCCCGUGGCCCCGUUGCGGGCAGGCCGAGUGUCCCUGCGCCGAAUGCACAGCCUCACCUCCGGACAGUCCUUCAGCUCCGACCUGCCCGGCUCCAGCCCAUCGCCUGCCUCCACCUCUUCCACCUCCUGCUCCUCAUCCACCACCACUGCUCCUGCUUGCCAUGUCCACCCUAUCUAUUACCAUCACACCACCUCUUAUUUCCUCCAGAUGGAUUCCAUCCCCGACCUGCCCCCUCCUGAUGUCACCUCUGGAGUUCGCUGUCGCACUGGGAGCUUUGGAGAUUUAACUCGCUGCGACUCCGACUCCUCCAUCCCGCACCUGAGCGACCACCAGCGUAUCCCCAGCUCGGCGCCCAAGCUGCUGGCUGCCCGGCCCACGCUGCUGAGCAGGUCCGUGGAGGAGGCUGUCCCCGGGCCCCCGGCCCCCGGCGCGCCCACCCCCAACGGCGGCAGCCGGCACGGGGAGCCCUCCGCCCUGGCGGCUUUGCAGGAGCGGCUGCCCGAGAGCCCCAUGGUGAUGAAGAAGAUGAUGAUGGUGAACCACGGCAUGGAGAAGUCCUCCAGCCUGGGGGAGAUCAGCCACCCGACGGCCGGCAAGCCCAGCCACUCGGAUUCGUCCCGGUCGCACAGCCCCAGCUCCACCGACCCCGACACCCCCUCCCCCACCUCUGACUGCCGGCCCAGCGGCGCCAGGAACACCCGCAUCCCGCAGCUGGCCGCCAAGAAGAGUCCGGGGGACGAGGACAGCAGCCUGACGGGCGACGAGGUUGACCUCGGCCAGAGCAAGAAAAAGUUCCCCCUAAAGAUCUUCAAGAAGCCCAAGAAGUAGGGGGAGGACACCCCCGGACGCGUCCCGCCGGGCCCGGRGCCGGCCGUGCACCGGGAACGCAGCGCGGCCCCGGCACCCUCCGCAUCCCGAGUCACCCCAGCGCCGGCACGGGAGGAGCUAUUUAAACUUAUUUAUUUCCUGUUCUCCGAGACAAAAAACCGCGACGCCGCCGGCUCCCCGGGAGAAGAGCCGCCCCUGCUCUCCCCUCCGACCGCUGCGGUCCCGGCUUUGCUGUGCAUGGCUUCCAGUUACUCCUGCUCUGCUCAGCCACGCGGCCUUUGGGUUUGGUUUCAAUGUGGUUUUAUUUUUUUAUUUUGUUUUUUAUCGUUGUUGUUAUUAAUUUGUUUUUCUGCCUCCUCCAACUUUUGCACAGGCUGAUGGAGGGUCGGGGCGGCGCCGGCUGCUCCUCGCUCCCCGCCCGGGGUGACUCGGCUCGCAGCGGUUCUCCCUCAUUUCUCCGAGUCACUUUUCCACCCCGGCCCCCACRGCUACGCCCCUGGGAGGGGGAUCCCCUCCUGAGCAGCUCUCACUCUGCAGGAGCAGGGGUGGACUCUGUCCUUGGCGGUACUUGUGUGCUCCCGGCCCCCAUGUCCUGCCCGGGGGCUGGCGAAGGUUGGGAUGCCCGGCGGGAGGAGCCCACGCCUGUCCCUGCCUUCCCUUCCCCGGGCACCUUCCCCAGUCCCCYGGACUCCUCCGAACCCGCCGUGCCUCGAGGACCCGGCUGAGGACCCUGGUGACCCUGGUGACAAGGGACAGUGAGGGGAGGGCCAGGAGGCAGCUGGAGGGAGGGAGCAGGAUACGGCAGGGCUCUCCAGGGCAGGGGCCAGGCUGUCCCUGGGUGGCAGGACCCCGAGUGUCCUCCUGCUGUCCUGGGGCGGGCCGGGUGCUGGGCUCUGUGCCCUCCCAAGGGACAGGGGGCUCCACAGGCCGUGUCCUCCUGUCCUGCGGCCUCACGCUGGGGUGUCCCUGGCUGUGCCAGCCUGUGCCCAGUGCUGACACAGCCUGACCUGGUCUCAGUCCAGCCUGAGCCACCCGCAGGGGCUCUCCUGUUCUCCCUCAACACAUUGUGGGUCACUCCUGCGGCUCACAGCUCUCGGCACUCUGUGUCCCCCAUUGCAGACCCAGCCACUGAGGGAGUCUCCACUCAGGGCUGAGUCCCACUCCCUCCAAGGGCCAAGCUUGUCCCAAGGGAUGAGCCCUGCUCCAUCCUGAGGGAUGAGUCUCGCUCCAUCCCUGGGCGYGGCUCCAUCCCUGAGCCCUGCUCCAUCCCUGGGCCCGCUCCAUCCCCAGGGCUGAGCCCUGUUCCAGUGGUUGAGCCUCUCUCCAUUGCCUUGCUCCCUUCCCAGCUCCCUCCAGGAGCAUCCCCCCUCACCAGGGGAGCCCCCAAACCCCCUCCUGCCCCACUCGAGGUGGCUCUCUGGCACCACCACGUGACCCCCCAGCCCAGGGUCCUUGUCCCCACCACCCCCUCUGUCCCCAGCCCCAAACCACGGUCCCACACAUCCCCGGGGGKGGGAAGUGGGCUGCUCCUGCCGAGGUAGAGGAGGACACACGAUGUGGGGAGGAAGAGGAGGCUGGGCUGGAUGCCGAGAGCCCCCGGGGCCUUGCUUUAUUGCCAGAGUAAUAUAUUUGUGUCUUGACAAUUCAGGAAGGGCUACAAAGGUGUUUUUUGUUCCGUAGGUGGGAGUUAAACAAUUUCACUGUUGCUUUGGGAUAAGUGAAAAAUUCCUCUCAAUGACUUAAGUGCCUGCAUUUCCCUGGGGACGGGGGGACACGUUCGUCCCCGUGGCCAGGGCUGCUGCCCGGGCACCUCGAUUCCCUGGGCACCCCAAUUCCCUGGCACCUCAAUUCCCUGGGCACCCUGGUUCCGUGGGCACCCUGCUGUCACGGGAGUGGGGCCGGUGGGGUCAGGGCUGGAGCUGCUUGUGGUGGCGGAGACCUGUGGAUGCUUCUGGAGAAGGGGUUGGGGAUCCACCAAACAACAACUGUUGACGCAUCUGCCAACUCUUGAUUUAAGGUUGUUUUUUUUUUUUUUGGUCAUUUCAUAAAACUUUUCAAUCCAAUAAAGCAUGUAGUCUAUUUUACGA